AUGGACUGGAUGAAGCCGGGUCUGCAGAUGAAGGAUCCGGAAGGGUUGACUGUAGGGUUUGGCUUGGAGUCUCAGGUAGACAUCACCGUCAGGCCGUGGUAGUUAGGAUGCUGUGGUAAAGGCAAUCCCCCCCAGAAGAUCCUUGAACGAAGGUGGGGAAAGGGGGGGAGAAGGGAUGUGACACAAAACAGAGAGGAGGAAUGACUGUAUGGUCAGAUUUAAGUAGGAUGGUAGUGGUGAUUAAUUCUUAAAAAGUCCAAUUUGUUUGGGGGGGGGGGGGCUUUACUACUAUAUGGCCUGUACUACAAUAGCCCAGCAUUGAACAACAUUCAUAAAUGACAAAAAAGUCCAAAAAUAAAUAAUCAUAAACAAGGUUUUGAAGUGUCUGUCCUAUAUCUAGCAGAUAUAAGAAAGCUCAGGAUGUGUUUUUUUAAAAUUUAUUUUACACAUAUUUAACUACCUUCAUACUUCCAUAAAACAUUUCUUACCGGUACCAGUUACAUUCAGAUGAGUCCCGUGACACUUGUGGGGGUUGUAGAGCAUCUCCGUGUUCGUGAGAGUCUCCCCUUUCCAUACAGUAGUCAUAAUAGUUUGUAGGUCAACCCAUUCAGACGCUACAGACGUUUUCGUGAGAAGACUGAUUUUGGGGACGUCUCAUGGUCUGACAAACACCGCUCUAGCUCUGCCACCUUUCACCGCAGAUGCGGAAGUGCGACAUCGAUUGAGACGCAUCCAAUGCAAGAAAACUUAGGCUGAUUAGCAGUUAGUAGCAGCUGGAGCUUGUUUGAGGCGUUACGUUCAAGGCAACUAGUUAAGUGUUGCAAACAGUCGUUGAGGCUGAUUGGCAAUGGUUAGCGGCUGAUUGGCAAUGGUUAGCAGCUGCUGCUUGUUCAAGGCAACUAGUUAAGUGUUACGUUCAACUCUGUUCCUUUCUCUUGAAUUUUUGUUAAUCCUUAACACCAUUUAAAAAAACACCUCCAGCCUCUGGUCUCUGUGUCCCUUAGUAUUGGAGAUCUGCACUACAUUGACAUGCCACAGAUUGUAAAGAGCAAAAAGGUGAAGUUAGUAUGUUUUUGUGCUAAUCCCUCAUUUUAUCACCUUGGCCUAUAAUUUGACGAGCGUUUUUUGGUGUGGAAAAUGGCAAUAGACUUGCCUUGGCUGAAUGUGAAUAAUAUUGUGAAAUGUUCUGUGUUUCUGUGCAUUUAACAGCCUUUCUGCUGGAUGGUGGAGCUCUGAUGUCCUUCCAUGUAGAAGUAGAUCCCAGGAGGUCUUCCUGCUUCUCUGUUUUUAGCUGUUGAAGGGAAAUGUUUUAUCACAUAUGAUCAUUAAUUUACCCAGCAAUGUGUGUAUUUUUUUAAAAAUGUCUUCCAUUUGUUUGCUGUCUAGGUAGAUGAUUGACUGGACAGGCAGAGAAUGCUAGACGCACCAGUCACUGAUCUCACACUGUCAACAGCAGAAGAACAGCUGGAUGUAGUUACCGGGCCAUUGUUAAAUUGACAGGACCAUCCUGGAUUGUGUACCACAGUGGAAUUACUGUAUUAUUGGUCAGCAGACGAGUAAUGGACAUACACAAGGAUUCCUCAUCUAUGUGAUUUUUGUCUGACCUAACAUUUUCCUACAGAAUGCCAAGGCUUUCCCUACAAAUUAUAAGGAACUAGUAUUCCGGUCAGCUUUUUACUCUGAGAUGUUGUUGUUUUCCAACAGUGUGAAGGGGAGCCUGUAAUUGUGAUGAGGAAGACAGGGACUGUUUCUGUUCAUCAGAGGAACCCAGCGUUCAGCCUGUUAGUGCCACGAAAUCUCCAGGGGAGGAAAUAUUCUCAGAUGUCACUUGGAAAUUGGAAUUUUCAAUAAGGGGCUUCUCUCUGGUUUUCCCUUCCCUCUACCUCCCAGACAACUGAGUUUUUAAUCUACCACUACACCAUGUCUCUAUCGAAGUGGAGGAAGAUCAGGGCAUUUACUGUGUUUUCCUGCAUUGUAACGUUCACCACGUUCCUCUUCAGUUACACGUUGAGAGAUCCCUCUCUGUACUUCUUCAAAUACGCCAUCCGCAAGUCGGACAGCUUCUUCUCUAAGGGCCAGUGUGGCUGUCGACAGUGUAUGACUGAGCUGGAGGACGACCCCUGGUUCACUGAGCGGUUCAACCUGUCGGUCCACCCUCUGAUGUCUAGGAGGAACAGCCUGCUGACUGACGACACAUACCGCUGGUGGCAGGUGAGAUGUUACCACUGCAAGGGUUAGGGUUGAAUUGGGAUGUGGACUUGAAGCUAGGGUUAGGGUUGAACCGGGAUGUGGAAAUGAAGCUAGGGUUAGGGCUGAACCAGAAUGUGGACAUGAAGCUAGGGUUGAACCAGGAUGUGGACAUGAAGUUAGGGUUAGGGUUGAGGCUAAGGUUAGGGUUGAGGUUAGGAUCGAACCGGGAUGUGGACAUGAAGCUAGGGUUAGGGUUGAGGCUAGGGUUAGGGUUGAACCAGGAUGUGGACAUGAAGCAAGGGUUAGGGUUGAGACUAGGGUUAAACCGGGAUGUGGACAUGAAGCUAGGGUUGAGGCUAGGGUUAAACCGGGAUGUGGACAUGAAGCAAGGGUAGGAUUAGGGUUGAGGCUAGGGUUAGGGUUGAACUGGGAUGUGGACAUGAAGCAAGGGUUAGGGUUAGAGAGUUUGGAUUAGUCCACCCUGUGAUUAUCUGGAGGAACCGUCUGCUGACUGAUGACAGGUACAGGUGAUGGCAGGUUCUGAGACUUUCGGGUGAAUAACCACACAGGUGAGUUUGGUUCAGUCACAUCAGGACAAGGAAGAAAACAUUUUGUCCAUGACAUGGUUAUUCAUGAUACUGUACCUACCAAUGCCCAUGAACUUUGAGGUGGCUAAUUUCUAAGAUUCCACCAGAAAGAACUGAAUGACUACUUAAUGAAUACCAUUCAACAUUGCUAGAGAAGUCUAGAUCCAAUAAAUAUUUUUUAAAAACGUUCCACUCCCUGUUGCUCAGUAUUUCAGAGAUAUUCUAUUUUUGAACCUAAUCUGUGGUAUAUUGAGCUCUUCAUUAUUCUGGCCUCAAAACCACUGCAUCACAGUUUGUCAGUUUGUUCUUGGUUUUUCUAAAGCAAGGUCAUAUACAAUGAAGAAUGAGCUGCCAAUCACUUAGGAACAGCCCGGUUCAACGUCAAAUGGUAUACCGUCGCUCGUUUCAAUUCAAACAUCAAAAGUCCCCUCUUAGUCAGUUAGGAACACUUUCUUGUAAAUUAGAAUUGAUUCUGGGGCUGAUUGCAGGAGAUACACCUUGGAGGUGGAAGGAUCACAUGCCCUGAGACGUGACAUCGACAGCAUGUCGUGUCCAAUCAGAGGGUUCUAUGGAGAUGAGGUUAUCACAUUCACCUUGGCCAAUUAGAUGGAAGAGUAGAUGGAACAAUAACUAGGUAACCUCCUGUUACUCACAACUUGUUUCAUAAGAGGUGAGGCUUGAUGAGCACUGUCUAGGUCCAACUACUGGCUCUGUCAAAAAAAGUGUCUUGGUGUGUGCUAGGGUUGAAUGGCGGGAACCCGGUUACCGAGAUUUACCGGGUAGCCAGGUUUUUCCCCGAAUAAAUAACUGAGAAACUGGUAAGUUAUAAUCAAUUAUUUAUAUGAACAGCAUGGCGUAAAAUGGAACUAUUAAAUUAUAUGCAAUGUUUAAAUCGGGCUUCUCUACGGCCUCUACAUGAUGAAUCCUCAACGCUCAGGGUCUGGACAGACAGCCCAUCUCAGUAUGGAACGCAGUUCAGUAAGGUUGCUGGAUCGAAUCCCCGAGCUGACAAGGUACAAAUCUGUCAUUCUGCCCCUGUUUCCCGGGUGCUGAAGACGUGGAUGUCGAUUAAGGCAGUCCUCCGCACCUCUGAUUCAGAGGGGUUGGGUUAAAUGUGGAAGACACAUUUCAGUUGUACAACUGACCUUUUCCUUAUCAUGGUAACUUUUUUUCUUGUGACAGGUAGGCCUGCAUUUGCUGCAGAAUAGUCUAUGCUACAGUAAUAUAAAGACCGAAUGCACGUCUAAUUUAUCCAUCUCCAUCUGGCUUUUGGGGGUCACCUUGAUUUUUAAUUGUAAAGAUUAUUGUCUUUUAAUUGCAGCUGCAGAGUUUUAAAACGGCCUAUUACUCAAAUAUUGUUGCUUUAAAUCAGUGCACGCACUAGCCCUCUCUUGCAGUCUUUCUCUAUCUCCAGCAACUACAAUGAUGCCCUUUAUCUACUUCCCUAGAGUCAGAUGAACUAGUGGAUACCAUUUUUAUGUCUCUGUGUCCAGUAUGAAGGAAGUUAAGAGGUAGUUUUGAGAGCCAAUGCUAACUAGCAUUAGCGCAAUGACUAGAAGUCUAUGGGUAUCUGCUAGCAUGUUAGCCGACUUCCAGUCAUUGUGUUAAUGCUAUAUAGCAAUUGCGUUAAUGCUUCUUAGCAACUUACUUCAAACUGCACGCAGGCAUACAAAUGGUAUCCAUGAGUUCAUCUGACUCUGGGGAAGGAGAUAAAGUAUCCCUUUAACAAGAUAGAGGAUACAGUUUUUUUAUGCUGAGAACAGAAAGUAUGUCUUAAAAUAACUUUCUUAGAAUGUUCUUUGAACCUUACUAACGGUUUCUUAAUGUUCUGAGAACAUACUUUAAAUAGAACCAUGAGGAAACCUGUAGGAAAUGUUAUGGGAAGUUUGUAUGCAAAAUAACCAUAAGACCAUCACGCUCUCACCAAGCUCUAAGAAACAUAUGGUUCUCAGAACGUUAUGUGCUAGCUGGGCUGUCUCUGCUGUGUUUCUACCUCUUCCCUGUCUCUGCUGUGUCCCUACCUCCACUGUCUCUGCUUUGUCUCGAGUGGUUGAAGACCGAGCUAAAGGCUUGACGGUCUCUCUCCAGUGGUUGCAGGCAGAGCAAGAGCCGGCCAACUUCAGCGAGGUGGUGGAGAAGUUGUUCCAGGUCAUCCCUGAUGCUGACCUUUACAUGGACGCGGGCCCUGAGCGCUGUAGGACCUGUGCUGUGGUGGGGAACUCAGGGAACCUCAAGGGCUCCCGCUACGGAGCCCUCAUCGACUCCAAUGAUGUCAUAAUC